AUGUAUUGGUGUGUAGUUAUUUAUUACCUUCGUUUUUCCAUGUUUUGUUCGCAGAUUAUCUGCAUGUUGUCUUUCUAUUCGUUGCUUACGGAGAUCCCACAUUGUCACGCACAUCUGUAUCGCUCAUUGCAUUGUCUGUCGUUCGCUAGUUUUCUUGGUCUCAGCAUGUAG